GUAAAAAACAACGACGUCGUUAUGAUGAAGGAUAGAUAUUAGGACCUCACUCGGAGAAGAAGCCGAGUUUGUUUCCUCCGUCAUCACUUCGAAUCGAGGGAUCUGAGAGGAAGGUUAGAGAGUGAUGGAUUUCACGACGGUGACAACAGCGUUGGCAUCGAAAUCGUACGACAAGGUUGCAGAUGUGUGCGAAAACCUCAUGCUUCAGGUUGCAGCCGACGGCAUUUCUUAUCAGGACGACUGGCCCUACGCCAUUCAUCUUCUCUCUCACAUUUAUGUUCACGACAUCAACAGUGCUCGUUUUCUCUGGAAAUCAAUACCUAGUUCAAUCAAAGAAAGCCAGCCUGAAGUGACUGCAGCAUGGAAAAUUGGUCAGCGGUUGUGGUUACGUGACUAUGCUGGAGUGCAUGAGGCAAUCCGUGGGUUUGAUUGGAGUCAGGAACUCCAAGGCCUAGUCACUGCUUUCUCAGAACUUUACACAAAGAAGAUGUUUCAGCUGCUUCUCUCUGCUUAUUCUACAAUAAGCAUUCAAGAUGCUGCUUUAUUUCUGGGGAUGAAUGAGGAUGAUGCUACAAGUUAUGUGCUGCAGCAAGGUUGGACUGUGGAUCCUGCAUCUCAAAUGCUUACUGUGAAGAAGCAACCUAUCGUGAUAGAGCAGAAACUAGAUCCUAGUAAAUUGCAGCGGUUGACAGAAUAUGUCUUCCAUCUUGAACAUUGAAGCUUUUAGUCUUGUGAAGAAAUAGAUGUUAACCCCUGCCCCCCCUAAAAAAGUGGGAAAAUAGACGUUUUAAUAAACUUUUCAAAUUGAUCAAUCACAUGUUGUGUGCUCUUGAAGGUGCGUGAAUGUUAUAUCCUGUUGAUAAUUAUGAAGAACAAGGCUGAUCUUAUGUUUGAACUUGAGCACUGGUUAGCUGAAAUCUACAUCUCGUUUAU